AUGCCUCGCAUCUACCUCGGAAAAAUACCAUACAAUGCGAGAGAGCGCGACAUUGAGCGUUUCCUAAAAGGAUAUGGUCGAAUUACUAAUAUCUCGAUGAAAUACGGAUUUGCGUUUGUUGAUUUCGAAGAUCACCGUGAUGCUGAGGACGCAUGUCACGAUUUAGACGGCAAAACUAUGGAUGGAGGCUCGAUGCGUGUCGUGGUUGAAAUGGCACGUGGAAAACCACGCGGAAGCGAUGCUCGUGGAGGAUCCAGAUCUCCAAGAAGACGCUCUCGCUCUCCGAGACGUCGUUCGCGCACACCUCCGAGAAGACGCUCUCGUAGUCGUUCUCGAGAUCGCAAGCGCACUCGCAGAUCUCGUUCAAGAAGCGCUUCAAGAUCUAAGUCACCAGUACGUGAUAACCACCGUAGAGAGGAAUCCAGAUCUCCUAGCCCAAAACGAGAAGCAAAACGUGAAGCUUCGAGAUCGAGAUCUCGUUCCCCAGUUCAUGUCAACAGCAAAAGUCGCAGUCCAUCGCCAUUCAAAGCAUCUCCACACAAAAACGGAGAUAACGGCAAAAAUCACAGCGAAAGUCGGCACAGUAGCCGCAGCAGAGAUGACCGCAGUGUCUCACGCUCUCCUUCUCCAAGAUCUCCAAACGCCUGA